CCGUGACUUUUUCACUGCACAAUAUCGACAACAACAUGCGGUGUUUCCUUCCAGUUUUAUUACUGCACAUUUUCUGAAGUUGUCAGUCUGUUUUCUGAAAACUCUUCCUUCCUUUGUGUUUAUAUAUCAAAUUCAUAUCCAAUGGAGCUUCCGUAAAUUUUGCCUGUAGUGAGUGUAGUCGCUAGUGAAAUCGUUGAUAUUGGGUGAAUUUGUCUGAAUCGGGGAUGACUGUACUCGUACCAUUAUUCAUUGUGCCGUGAAUCUGGCAGCCGUGGAGGAUUCGGGCGCUUCCUCGCGGGAUUCCUGGGUACGGUUCGCAGGCGGCCGUGACCUUGGGAUGGAACGCAAAGCCAACAGUAAAAAGGAAACGGCGCCGUUGUCCACUAUCAGCGGCGUGGAGAAUGCCGCCUUCGAAGGCGCGGUGCUGGAAGAGAGCACAUCGGCCUCCGAGGGCUACACGGUGGACGAGGCGCUAAAUAAAAUCGGCUUCGGCCGCUACCAAAUCAAAAUGACCUGCGUUAUCGGUUUCUUCGGGGUUGCUGAUGCCCUGGAAGUGAUGCUCCUAUCCGUCCUGUCACCGGUGCUGCGGUGUGAAUGGAAUCUCUCUGAAUGGGACGUGGCCACUGUCUCCACGGUAGUCUUUGCCGGGAUGCUGGUGUUCAGUCCGCUUUGGGGCAAAAUGUCCGACAAUUUCGGACGCUGGCCGACGCUCUUCGUCGUUAUGUUCCUGCUGGGAUGGUUUGGCCUACUGACCUCUUUCAGUCCCACGUAUUCCUGGCUUCUGUUUCUCCGGAUGAUUGUCGGGGGAGCGGCCAGUGGCACGGGACAAAGUUUUAUUUUGUAUGCCGAAAUGCUACCACCGAAACAUCGUGGAAAGAUGCUCGUACUGACGCAGUUGUUUUGGGCGACGGGAAGCUUUAUUCUCAUCGCCGCUGCGGCCAUCAUUAUUCCCUGGCUGGGAUGGCGAUAUCUCACCGGUUUCACGGCCAUCUUGUCCUGGCUCAGUCUUUGCUUUUUCCGGCUAGUGCCAGAAUCCCCGAGGUUUCUCCUGGGUAAGGGCCGCCUGCUGGAGGCCACGACACUGCUGGCGCGCAUCGCCAAGGUCAACAAGACGCAGCUACCCAAGGGACACCUGAUUGUCCCUCCUACACAAAUGCAAGGAAAGAUCAGCGACAUGUUGUCCAAAAACUACCGGCGCCUGACAUUGCAGUUGUGGGUCGUGUGGUUCUGCAUGACCUUUGGCUAUUAUGGCGUCGUGCUUAGCUCAACAGAAAUCGUGGAGCGAGCACGCAUCUGUGACCUAUCAGGACAAAUUGUCAACCAAGGAGAAGCCGUGGCGGUAGAGGAUUGUGGAUGUCGACCGUUAUCCGGCGAUGACUACAUGACGCUGAUCGUGGGAACGCUUGGCGAGUUUGGCUCGCUGUUCAUUAACGCGGCUUUGAUGGAUCUGAUUGGGCGGAAGUUGACCUUCGUGGUCAAUCUGCUGUGCUGUGCCUUCUUCGUGCUCAUGCUCAACAUCUGCACAUCGCGCUUCGUCCUCUCCAUGUUCAUUCUCUGCGCCCGCAUGUUCAUGUCCGCCAUCGGCAACUGCGUUUACGUGUACACGUCUGAGGUAUACCCGACAACAUUCCGCGCUGUGGGUUUGGGUGUUUGCAGCUCGGUGGCGCGGAUCGGUUCUAUGAUUUCGCCCUUCAUCGCCCAGGUUUUACUGGCGCGCUCUUUACCUGCGGGAUUGGGAGUUUACGCGGUCAUCAUGCUGAUCACCGCGCUGAACUGUUUAUUACUCCCCAUCGAAACCAAGGGCAAAAAUCUCGAAGAAACCGCUGUUCUGCACUAAUGGAUGGACAGGGCUCUUUCAAGGUGAACAUUCCGGAUGCUAAAUUUGUUGGAUCUGUUGUGUCGUUAUACGGAGGCACUGGUAGAGAUUUUAAGUUUUUUACUAAUUGCACUGAACGGUGUUGCAGAGGUUUUUCUGCAUGUUUGAAUUACUUUAUUUAUUGCAUAUUUAAGCUGCUUUAGUGAGAUGAAUAUUCAGAACUGGCGGCGUGCUGUAUAGUUUUGGGUAAAUGUUGGUUAUCGCCGCUAAGUGGAAAAAUCUCAAACUUUUUGGUACCAGCUGAACUCUGUUUGACAAUCAAAGUAAGCAAAGGGCCGAGUGUUUUUAGAAAUAACAUUUACGAAGAAGAUUCCAGAAAGGAAUGGAAAAAAUCUGAGGCUGAUUUUGAAAUGGACCGC